AUGAUUUGCUCAUCUCUUUCUAUCAAUCUUCUUGGCUUGUUUGUGGUAUCAACUACAGCUGUGCCAUAUGAAGAAUACAUCCUCACUCCAAACUCUCGAACACUCAUACCCGCCUCAGUGUAUAAUGUCAAUGGUUCGGUCACCAACCCAGAGGCGUUAGCUGCCAGUGGGUGUUCUGGCUCGGCAAGUUUUGGUUCCUCUUCCGCCGUUACGUAUGAUUUCGAAAAGAACAUUGCUGGCAUCGUCUCCUUCAACGUUGGCUCUGUCGACAGGGAUGUGGAUCAGUUUGUCGGGAUCAGCUUUACUGAAAGCUCACUGUGGAUCAAUGAGAAUGGAUGUGAUGCAACGGCUGAUGCAGGUAUCGACGAAGCUUUGUGGUUUCCAGUCACGAGCGGUGGUUACUACAGGGCAGAAACGCAGCACCAACGAGGUGGAUUUAGAUAUUUAAACGUCUACCACAAUACCUCUGGAUCCGUUGAAGUCUCAAACUUGACUAUCCAAUACACGGCUUUACCUCAUAAAGCAGAAAACGAACUCAGGUCAUACACGGGAUAUUUCCAUAGCAAUGACGAUCAAGUCAAUCGUGUAUGGUACGCCGGAGCUUACACUAAUGACAUGUGUACUAUUGACCCUACAGCCGGGAACUCUUUAGUCUAUUUGGGUGUGAUUAACUCAAAUAGUACUGUCACUGAGCCUGUAGCAUGGUGGAAUAAUUACACCAUUGCUAAUGGUACCAGUGUUCUUACAGAUGGAGCCAAGAGAGACCGUCUCGUAUGGCCUGGAGAUAUAGCAAUUUCUGGUCCCUCAGUAUUCGUCUCAACUAAUGACAUGAUAACCAUCAAGAAUUCUCUAGACUCAUUAUUGGUACUCCAAAAUGCUUCAGGUGCACUGCCAUAUGCCGGUGUCCCUUUCAGCACAGUAGUCAAAGUCUGGAGUUUUACUUAUCAUCUACAUUCACUCAUCGAUAUCCAUGAUUACUAUUUGUUUACCGGCGAUCUUGGGUAUCUGCAGGAACAUUGGGGACAAUUCAAGCUAGGAAUGAACUUUUCGUUGGGUUUCAUCGAUGAGUCGAGAAUGGCAUAUGUUCCUGUAGGUAACCCUGAUUGGUUACGAGUCGGUAUGGGCGGUCAUAAUAUCGAAGCGAAUUCUAUUCUCUACUAUACACUCAACCUAGGCACGAAGCUCUCAAAGGUCCUUAAUGACUCAGUUUCGACUUUGUUAUGGCCAGACUACGCCGCUGGCAUCAAGUCGGCUGCAAACUCGAACCUUUGGGACUUUGCCACAAAUCUUUAUCGAGACAAUGAUUCCCUUCCUUUGACUACACUCCAUCCCCAAGAUGGAAAUGCCUGGGCGAUAUUCUCGGGUUUGGUAGAUUCUCCAUCUCGGGCACUUCUAGUCUCGGAUUCUCUGGCCGCUCGCUGGAAUCAAUACGGUGCUCCAGCUCCUGAAGGCGGUAGUAACGUCGUUUCCCCCUUCGUCAGCAGUUUCGAGAUCCAAGCGCAUUAUCUAGCCGGUCGAGCCGAUCGCGCCGUUCGAAUGAUCAAGUUUAUGUGGGGAGAUUUUAUGCUAGAUGAUCCACGUAUGACGAAUAGUACGUUUAUCGAAGGAUACUCCACGGACGGUAGUUUACACUAUGCACCAUAUGCGAAUGAUCCAAGGGUCUCGCAUGCUCAUGGCUGGAGUACCGGUCCUACGUCUGCACUUACGUUUCAUGGCGCGGGUUUGAAGGUUACCAGUGGUGCUGGGAAGACUUGGAGUGUGGCUCCGAAUCUCGGGGGUUUGACGGAUGUGGAAGCGGGGUUUGAAACACCCCUUGGUAAUUAUGCAGUCGAGGUUAUGGGCAUGUUGGGGAGAUUGUCAAGUAUUGUCAUUACGACACCGGUGGAUACAACGGGCUCGAUUAGUGUGCCGUAUACCAAUCAAACCGCGGUGAUGACUUUGCAGAGUAAGGAUGGAAAAGCUGUUACCACGACGCAUCAAAUCAAAGCGCAAAAUGCGACGAGUGAGAGGUAUACAAUUGAAGACGUAGCUGGGGGAAAUUGGACUGUAAAGUUAAUUUAUUGA